AUGUGUAUACCAUCUCUGAAGAUAGAAGCGACAUUCCCUGCGGUGGAAGGAGCUCCCUUGGAGCAAGAGGAGAGAGCGCAGGCCCAGGAGCGUGCCCAAGAUGCCCUCUCCUGUGAGGACUAUCAGAGGAAUGAGGAGGGUGAUGAACUUCAUCCACAAUUGCCAGAUUCAGUUAAUAAUGAAGACCUGAAAGGAAACAUCAGCACUCAAGGCAGACCUAAGAGAAAGAAAGAGAGCCAUUUGUUUGAGAAGAGAGAUGAGUGUGGAAAGAGAUUCUGUACGAGAAGCCAUCUUCAGUAUCAUCAAAGAACCCACACAGGAGACAAACCUUUUGAAUGUUCAGAGUGCGGAAAGAAAUUCAGUCAAAGUAGCCAUCUUCAAGAGCAUAAAAUAACCCACACAAGGGAGAAACCUUUUGAAUGCUCACAGUGUGGAAAGAGUUUCAGUAUGAGUCGCUAUCUUCAAUAUCAUCAAAGAAAUCACACAGUGGAAAAAAGUUUUGAACGCUCAGAGUGUGGGAUGAGAUUCAGUGGGAGUAGCAGUCUUCAACAUAAUCAAAGAACCCACACAGGGGAGAAACUCUUUGAAUGCUCAGAGUGUGGAAAGAGAUUCAGUGGGAGUGGCAGUCUUCAACAUCAUCAAAGAACCCACACAGGGGAGAAACCUUUUGAAUGCUCAGAAUGUGGGAAGAGAUUUAGUCAGAAUGGCAUUCUUCAACAGCAUAAAAGAACUCACACAGGGGAGAAACCUUUCGAAUGUUCAGAGUGUGGGAAGAAAUUCAGUGGGAGUGGCAAUCUUCAAUACCAUCAAAGAACCCACACAGGGGAGAAACCUUUUCAAUGCUCUGAGUGUGGAAAGAGAUUCAGUCACAAUAGCCAUCUUCAAGAUCACCAAAGAACCCACACAGGGGACAAACCUUUUGAAUGCUCAGAGUGUGGAAAGAGAUUCAGUCGCAGUAGCACUCUUCAAGAGCAUCAAGGAACCCACACAGGGGAGAAACCUUUUCAGUGCUCGGAGUGUGGGAAGAGAUUCAGUCGCAGUGGCACUCUUCGACAGCAUAAAAGAACUCACACAGGGGAGAAACCUUUUCAGUGCUCAGAGUGUGGGAAGAGAUUCAGUCAGAGUGGCCAUCUUCAAGAUCAUAAAAGAACCCACACAGGGGACAAACCUUUUGAAUGCUCAGAGUGUGGGAAGAGAUUUAGUCAGAAUAGUGGUCUUCAACAGCAUAAAAGAACUCACACAGGGGAGAAACCUUUUGAAUGCUCAGAGUGUGGAAAGAGAUUCAGGACAAGUGGCACUCUUCGACAGCAUGAAGGAACCCACACAGGGGAGAAACUAUUUGAAUGCUCAGAGUGUGGAAAGAGAUUCAGGACGAGUGGCACUCUUCAACAGCAUCAAAGUUCCCAUACAGGGGGAGAAAUCUUUUCAGUCCUCAGCCUCUCUUCUUCAGUCUCUUCACUUCAAGUCUCACAGAAGUCUGAAACAUAUUGGCAGCAUAUAUAACCCACCCAAGACUUGUGGGUACCUGAGGCUUCCUUUCCGC